AUGGAAGAACAAGGUUUCUCUUCUCUCGCUCCAGAGCGACACCAACUUCAGUGUCUUCUAUGGGAUUGCCAGAGGAAUCUUCGUCCCUGCUGCAAUCCCGACCAUGAAGCGAUGGCCGUUGCAGGCGAGAUCAACAACAGAUCUGUUGUUGUUGUGGAUGGCAACGCCGAUGCCGAUCAACUGGUAAUUUCUGAGAAAGCUUCAGUGUGGACUGCCAGAGAAAACUUCGCGCAUGUUGCAUUCAUGGACUCUCGGGCUCAAAAAAAUCGAACUUUACUAUGGUAA